GUACUGUGUGCAAAAAACUUGGUGAAAAAGGAUUUUUUCCGACUUCCUGAUCCCUUUGCUAAGGUUGUGGUGGACGGAUCUGGCCAAUGCCAUUCUACAGAUACUGUGAAGAAUACACUUGAUCCAAAAUGGAAUCAGCAUUAUGACCUAUAUAUUGGGAAGUCGGAUUCAAUAACGAUCAGUGUGUGGAAUCACAAGAAAAUUCAUAAAAAGCAGGGAGCUGGUUUUCUGGGUUGUGUGAGGCUUCUUUCAAACGCAAUCAACCGCCUUAAAGACACUGGUUAUCAGAGAUUGGAUCUGUGCAAGCUUGGGCCAAAUGACAAUGAUACUGUUAGAGGACAGAUAGUAGUAAGUCUUCAGUCCAGAGACCGAAUAGGCACAGGAGGACAAGUUGUGGAUUGCAGUCGGUUAUUUGAUAAUGAUUUACCGGACGGGUGGGAGGAGCGGAGGACUGCUUCUGGAAGGAUCCAGUAUUUAAAUCAUAUUACACGAACAACUCAGUGGGAGCGACCAACACGGCCAGCGUCCGAAUAUUCCAGUCCAGGCAGACCGCUGAGCUGUUUUGUGGACGAGAACACUCCAAUCACAGGAACGAACGGUGCUACCUGUGGGCAGUCGGCAGAUCCCCGGCUGGCGGAGAGGAGAGUCAGGUCACAGAGGCACAGAAAUUACAUGAGCAGGACACACUUGCACACUCCACCCGAUCUACCUGAAGGAUAUGAGCAAAGGACGACUCAGCAAGGCCAGGUCUACUUUCUGCAUACUCAGACUGGUGUUAGCACGUGGCACGAUCCAAGAGUACCUAGGGAUCUUAGCAACAUCAAUUGUGAAGAGCUUGGUCCACUGCCUCCUGGAUGGGAGAUCCGCAAUACAGCAACAGGCAGAGUUUAUUUUGUUGACCAUAACAACAGGACAACGCAGUUUACAGAUCCACGGCUAUCUGCUAACUUGCAUUUAGUCUUAAACCGCCAGAAUCAACUUAAAGAUCAGCAACACCAGCAGCAGCAGCAGGUAGUGUCCCUGUGUCAGCUUCCAGAUGAGGCAGAGUGUCUGACUGUGCCAAGGUACAAGAGAGACCUGGUGCAGAAACUCAAGAUCCUGAGGCAAGAGCUGUCACAGCAGCAACCUCAAGCUGGCCAUUGUCGUAUUGAGGUCUCCAGGGAAGAGAUUUUUGAGGAAUCCUACAGGCAAGUCAUGAAGAUGAGGCCAAAAGACUUGUGGAAACGAUUAAUGAUAAAAUUUCGUGGGGAGGAAGGCCUUGAUUAUGGAGGUGUUGCCAGGGAGUGGCUCUACCUCUUGUCCCAUGAGAUGUUGAAUCCGUAUUACGGUCUCUUCCAGUAUUCCCGAGAUGAUAUCUACACACUGCAAAUCAACCCAGACUCUGCAGUCAACCCGGAACACUUAUCGUAUUUCCAUUUUGUUGGACGGAUAAUGGGGAUGGCUGUGUUUCACGGACACUAUAUCGAUGGGGGCUUCACGUUGCCUUUCUAUAAGCAGUUGCUAGGGAAGCCAAUUACUUUGGAUGAUAUGGAAUUGGUUGACCCUGAUCUUCAUAACAGCUUGGUCUGGAUACUUGAGAACGAUAUCACCGGAGUCCUGGACCAUACGUUCUGUGUGGAACACAAUGCAUACGGGGAAAUUAUUCAACAUGAACUGAAACCCAAUGGCAAAAGCAUCCCUGUGACAGAGGAAAACAAAAAGGAAUAUGUCAGACUUUAUGUAAACUGGCGAUUUUUACGAGGAAUUGAAGCUCAGUUUCUGGCUCUGCAGAAGGGAUUUAAUGAAGUAAUCCCACAACAUCUGCUGAAGACAUUCGAUGAGAAAGAGUUAGAGCUCAUCAUUUGCGGACUGGGAAAAAUUGAUGUUAAUGACUGGAAGGCAAAUACUAGGUUAAAACACUGUACCCCGGACAGCAACAUCGUGAAAUGGUUCUGGAAAGCUGUGGAGUUUUUUGAUGAGGAGAGGAGGGCGCGCCUUCUGCAGUUUGUGACCGGCUCCUCCAGAGUGCCUCUGCAGGGCUUCAAGGCAUUGCAAGGUGCUGCAGGCCCACGACUAUUUACGAUACACCAGAUCGACGCCAGCACUAAUAAUUUGCCGAAAGCUCAUACCUGCUUUAACCGAAUAGACAUUCCUCCUUACGAAAGCUACGACAAGCUGUACGAGAAGCUGCUAACUGCCAUUGAAGAAACGUGUGGGUUUGCUGUGGAAUGA